UUUUUCCAAUAUGGCGCUGCUGGUGUUAUGAGAUGACAACAUCGCACUUUGUGACUGUGUCCUAUUUGUCAUUAUUAAUGUUUGAGUCAACAUUAAUUAACUACCUCAAAAGUUCAAAGAAAAUCUGUAAUCGUAAUGUAAGUUGUUAUAACGUCGGACUCGAGUUAUCGGAGGAUUGUUAUCAUACAAAUACAUUCGAAUGCGUCCGUAAAGAAAGUACAUAGCUCCUGUAAAAAUGGCGGGUGUGUUAUCUUUAUGGGUUGUGUUUUCAUUGCUAUUGGAGAAAGUCUAAUGAGUGUGAGAGAAGUGUUGAUACGUUUUUAAGUUGAAAAUAACUUGAAAUUGGUGAUCCAAGAAGCCAUGUGUAACUUGCAUCUUUGACAUUUCGAGAAUUGAUUGAUUUGGUAAGACGGCGCAGGUGUCAUCAAAUUUGAUGAAAUUAUCAGCAUGUCGCGCUGGGGCAGAGGCCGAAGCGGCAGCGUGGCUGUGCCGCUGGACAGUGCUCUAUUUAGAGAAAACAGUAAUUGCCCUUCGGCUGCCCGAUCGGCGGGAACGGUGGGCAAGUGGGGAAUUACAAGCUUCACUUCUAUUCGGAGCGCUCCUUACGCAUAUCCUAACAAUGUGCAUAAAAAACCUGUCCAAGACCAGAACAGUCCUUUAACAGUGCCAGCAGUUGAAACUGAGCAACCACCUCCAAAGCCUAAGAAGUUUUUUAAAUCACGAAAUGCAGAACUUUACCCACCAGUGCCACAAAUUACAUAUGCUCCCCCUGUACCGGCUGCACCACUUUCGCCUGAGCACCCAGGCUCUGCUAGAGAAAAGAAAACUACUAAAAGAAGUAGGUACAAUAGAGACUCUUCAUCACCAGAAUUACCAAGACGUAACUCUGAAAAGAGUAAAAAUAAAAGGAAUUUUGCUACCAAAGCAUCAAAGAAGGAGGAAUCAACUGCUGAAAAUUCACAACCUCCGAACAAGCGAUAUUUGGUUAGAAAUCGGGACAAGGUAAUAAAUUAUGCAGAAGAUGGAAGCAAUAGUCCAAUUCCUGAAUUUGUACGUUAUGAGUCAAUGCAUCCAAAGGCACUAUCUCCUAAGGCCAGUCCUUUGGUUAUGAGUCCCUCAAAAAGCCCAGCAGAAACUGAGGUGAUGAGUCCGUCUACGUCUACUAGUAAAGAUGCUAAUGAUGACCGCAAACCACCACCUAUAGUGCUCAGAAUUUCUAAAGGUACAUCAAGAAUAGUUAGUACAGAUUCUAACGAAGGAUUUACAUCGCCUGGUUCAGAUAGACACUCUUCCCUGGACACACACUCUGAUAUGGGGUCUGAUCACAAAAAAAGUCCUACAGUGGAAACUAUAUGUUCUCCCAAACAUGAGGGGCUCAAAAUUACUAUUAAAUGUGCAGGUCUCAGUCAAGAAAUUAAAAAAGAGAAGAAAAAAGAAAAGAAAGAACACAAGGCACAUAAAAAGCAUCACAAACAUUCAGAAGAUGAAUCUGUUAAAAAGUCUACUUCCCCAUUACCUGACUCUGAUAAUUACGAUUUAUACAAAACUCUAGCGUCACCUACACAUGAAAAAGAAAAAGAAUCAAAGAAAAAUAAACAAUUGGAUCACACAGAGGCUCGACUGGCUAAAUUGGAAUUAGAUAAGCAGACUAAAAAGCCACAACCGGAACCAAAACCACCAGAAGUUAUAGGUGGUAGAUCAAGAAGAAAUAGACCAAAUAUAAAUUAUAGUGAAAAUGACGAUUAUUUAGACAGUGUAGCAUCUCGAAUAACAAGUAAGCAAGUAAUAAAAACUGUUAGUGAUUUAAAGAAAGAAAAUAAAAAAGGCAAAAGAAGAAAUGAAACAGUUGCUGACAAUACUGCAGCUGCAACUGUAACCUCGUCUAAAACUCAACAAGUGACUGAAAAUGAGUCUGAAUCUCAACUGGCUACAGAAGAACUUAUCGACAUACUAUCAGGGAAUAGUAAUAAUGAAAAGGUUACACAUAAGAAACCACAUAAGAAGCAAAAGCAUAAAGGAAAAUACAGUAAACAUUCAAGUCCUAGUUCAUCAGGAGCUGACAAUGAGACAUUAGCAAGUAUAAAAGAACAACUUGCUAGUAAUACUGAACAACAUGAUGAAGAUAUUGAUCAUAAUUCUGAUACAGAAGAAGUAGAACCAAAUGAAGCAAAUGCUGAUGAUGCUCCCCAGGACUUGCACAUGGGUAGUACAAAGUCACCUAAUGAGGCAAGUGAGGCUCAAAUUCAAACACAAUCUUCAGACUCAGCAUAUAACAGUUGUCCACAUGAGUUUUCAGAGGAAGAAUCACAGAAAUGUCAUCAGGAUGAUGUAUUCAAGUCACCUCAGAGAAUGGACGAAGAACAUAUGGAGGAUAAGCCAAGUGUUAAGUUAGUUAUCACAAAGAAAAAAGGUUCCAUAUUCAAAAGUAAAUCACUGGUUAACGAUAACCCUUCACCUCUACCAGCUAGAAAAAGAAGACAUCUUUAUAAACAUGAAUGGGCAAAUGAUAAAGGAAAUGAAACUCCAAGGCCUGAGCAGGCUGGAACACCAGAUGUCAGCAAUCCAGCUGUGGAGGUACCUGAAGAACUUACAAGAGUCACAAGAUAUAGAGCAGCCCAUCCUAUAUUGGAUGGUCCAACCAUGGAUGAACCUGUUAAACCUUAUACAAGUGUUAGAUGUGCUAAGGAAGCUAAAGAGUACUACACUGUUGUGCGGAAUGUUAAAAAAGCACAUCAAAUACAAGAGAUUGGAGAAUUCCAAGAAUUCAAUGAUGAUGUUGAAUAUCUCCUAGAUGCAUUGCAGGACAACAAUCCAAUGUCUACGCGAUGCUUGUCCGCUAUAACGCUAGCUAGUAAAUGUACGGCGCCCGCGUUUCGUAUGCAUUUACGUGCGCACGGCACCGUACAGAAGUUCUUUAGCGCCUUACACGAUGCCACCAAUGAUCAGAGCUUAGGUCUGUGCACGGCAACAGUGAUGUUUGUACUGUCUCAAGAUCGUCUAAAUAUGGAUCUGGAUAGGGAAUCGCUGGAGCUAAUGUUGAAUCUACUUGAGUCUGAUGUAUCACACAAAAAUGCCCUUGAUGACUGUGGGUUAACCUCCGCUCAACUUGCAAAAACGCAGGAGAGAGUGCGGGAGCUAUGUGCUGAAAUCAAAAGUCAAGGCAAAGCUAACCAUCUAGAUUUAGAGAAUAUCACAGUGGGUCAUUUGGCUAUGGAAACACUACUGUCGUUGACGUCGAAGCGUGCAGGGGAAUGGUUCAAAGAGGAGCUCCGGAACUUGGGCGGAGUGGACCACAUCGUGCGCACGAUACAGGACUGCGCGGGGAGGCUGGAGUCACCCGCGAGCAGUUGGACCAGUGCAGAGGUUGAUGUGCUUAGAAAGGCUGACCGGUGUAUGCGUGUUCUGGAAAACGUGACGCAACAAAACGAAGCGAACCAGCAGCACCUAGUGACGGGGUCGCUGGGCGCGGCGCGCACGCUGGUGGCGCUGCUGCGGCGCUGCGUGGGCGAGGCGCGCACGGAGUUGGCGCUGCGGACGGCGCUGCUGGACGCCGCGCUGCCCGCCGUCAAAGUGCUCGUCAAUCUGUCGCACUCGUUUGGCAUUGCCUCAUCAGCAAUCGGUGCCACAGUGGUGGGAGAACAGCCUUCAGUGAUGGAGAUUUGUUUGAUAAUGCUAAACAACCAAGGGAACUUCAUACCUGAUACCAAAAACUUCGACUUCUGUGUUUGUGUGCUGAUGCUGCUAAUAAACCUAGUACAAAACAACGACGUGAACACAUCUCGGCUACUAAGCGUGCGUAUACGCGUGGACAACGAGCAUGACGUCAUAUCUCGCAGCGUGUCUGCGCUCGACCUCAUCGUCGACCUGUUCUACAAGCGGGAAGAGUUGGCCAGGAGAGCAGAAGAAAACACAGAUGCCUUAUUAGAUGGUGAAAAAGAUGACGGUGCGCAGAACAGCAAAAAACAGCAGGAUGAUAUUGACGAAACAGUAGCUAAAUUGCUGGCUCGAGCGGGCACGCACAUGGAGCACACGAUGGUGGGCGCGUACAUCGCGCUGCUUGUGGGCAACAUGGCGGUGGUGUCGCCCGCCCACGCCGCCGCCGUGCGCCUGCGCGUGCCCACGUACGCGCCCAUGCUGCCCACGCUCAAGAAGUACUUCACAUUCCUCUCGCUGACUGCCAGUGGUGAAUCAGCAAUAGUGGCGCACGUGAAGUCAACGCAGCGGAUAAUACAGUUCAUGGAAACCAGCGACAAGGAGAACAGUCAGCCCGAGCCGCCGCCCCCAGCCGCUCCCUACACCGCAGCUUGCCCUGGAUACUACCAGGGCUCCCCCUCGGACGUCCCCCAGGACAUGUCCCUGAGCAACCUGAACUACUCCAUGAGUUACAGCUCAUCCAGCUCGGAUAGGAUGUCCUCGUCGAUGGAGAUUGAUGGUUACCACUGAAAUUUGCACACCUUUUUAGUUUUUUAAUGUGACACUGUCUUUAUCUGUUGAGGUGGCUAAUGGCGUGAAUAUUCGCUCGAGUUGAAUAUUCGUUGUGAGAUAAUAAUAUCUAAAUAUUCACGGCUACUAUCAGAGUUUCCCCUCGGACAUCCCCCAGGACAUGUCCCUGAGCAACCUGAACUACUCCAUGAGUUGCAGCAAAUCCAGCUCGGACAGGAUGUCCUUGUCGAUGGAGAUUGAUGGUUACCACUGAAAUUUGCACACCUUUUUAGUUUUUUAAUGUGACACUGUCUUUAUCUGUUGAGGUGGCUAAUGGCGUGAAUAUUCGCUCGAGUUGAAUAUUCGUUGUGAGUUAAUAAUAUCUGGGGCUUACCCGUGAAUGGACUUUACUGCCGGACAUAUGCCUCCCAUAAAGCUAUCCAAACACUACAGGCUAUAGCCACCAGCAUUCCUUGCAACCUGUUUGAUCAGAUCAGAUCAUCGGUUCACAUAGUGUCCGACCAACACUGGCUUUAAUUUCUGGAUAAAAAGUAGCCUAUGUGUUAAUCCACGAUAUCAUUUAUCUCUAUUCCAAAAUGUCAGGCAAAUCGGUCCUUUUGGUUUUAUUGGCUGCGGUAAAAACGUCACAGCAAUUAUUGCACUAGCGAUUUACUUACAAUCCAUUAAAAAGUCGCUCGGAUAGCUGUAUGAAUGCCGAUUAUUCCAUUAGCAACAAGCUCAUAGCCACAUUGAUUGAAUAUUCAUUACAAUUGCCACCUCGAAUGUAUGCAGCUUUGGCGAAAUUGAUGUACACAACAUAAUAUUACUUAAUAGGAUAUAUACUAUUAUUUAUUUCUAAUCUUAUUUUACAUUUAGACGCUUGUCGAGUUAUCUAAACAUAAUUAUUUUACGGAUGGACCUUGGAGUGAACGAAUGAUAUGAAGCUAGAAACUCGUAUGAAAUUUUAUCUUUGCAUUUUAGAAAUCCUCGAAAGAUAAAUUAAAGAACACUGAAUUUUAUAAAACUUUGACAGUGAAAAUUCAUUAUUGCUUUCAAUUAAAAUGCAACUAAUAAGUUGAAAUGAAAUGGAUGCAACUUUAAAGUAAAAAACAAUACCGUAAUUAAAUUCAGAGAAGUAAUAGAAGAAUUUAUUUAAGAAAAUUAUAAACUUCUACUAUUUUUUUUUUCUAAUCUUAUUUUACAUUUAGACGCUUGUCGAGUUAUCUAAACAUAAUUAUUUUAGGGAUGGACCUUGGAGUGAACGAAUGAUAUGAAGCUAGAAAUUCGUAUGAAAUUUUACUUUGGCUUUUUAGAAGUCCUCGAAAGAUAACUUAAAGAUCACUGAAUUUUACAAAACUUUGACAGUGAAAAUUCAUUAUUGCUUUCAAUUAAAAUGCAACUAAUAAGUUGAAAUGAAAUGGGUGCAACUUUAAAGUAAAAAACAAUACCGUAAUUAAAUUCAGAGAAGUAAUAGAAGAAUUUAUUUAAGAAAAUUAUAAACUUCUACUAUUUUUUUUUUCUAAUCUUAUUUUACAUUUAGACGCUUGUCGAGUUAUCUAAACAUAAUUAUUUUAGGGAUGGACCUUGGAGUGAACGAAUGAUAUGAAGCUAGAAACUCGUUUGAAAUUUUAUCUUUGCAUUUUAGAAAUCCUCGAAAGAUAAUUUAAAGAACACUGAAUUUUACAAAACUUUGACAGUGAAAAUUCAUUAUUGCUUUCAAUUAAAAUGCAACUAAUAAGUUGAAAUGAAAUGGAUUCAAUUUUAAAGUAAAAAACAAUACCGUAAUCAAAUUCAGAGGAGUAAUAGAAAGCAUUUACUUGAGAAAAUUAUAAACUUAUUUGGAAAGCCUUCAAAAGCUUUACAUUUUAAUGUAGAUUUUAGCAAUAUAUCUGACAUAUCAUUCUUUCACAUACACACAAACUACUUCUAUCAGUCUCAUUAUUUCUUUGUCGACGAAAAUCAAGUAAGAUUUAUCAUAUUUGAUAUGUGAUACAGUAAAAAUGUAUGAAAUGUGAUCAAUAUUGGAAUAGGAUUUGACUUUCUUAUUAACUGACAAUUUUCUUAGGAAAGUUUGGAUUAUUGAAUAUUAUUCACCCACUGGUUGGGAUUCAUUGAUAAAAGUUGACCUUAUCAUUUGUAUGAAUGUAUGUUUCCAUUUUUUUCCAAGAUAUUCGUUUAUUCAUAUAAGCGACAUGCGUUAGAAGUAUUUAUUACAUAUACUUUAUAUAUUUUUUAUUGAUUACACAAAAUUUUGUGAAUAAAAAAAAGUGGAGGAGAAAAGGGUACUGAAGUUUUCUGUCUUUGCAUAUUUAUGUUUAGAUACAUUUAAUAUAUUUCAUUGAUUUUAUUUAUUAUUUAAAAUGAUUUUUUUUUUUUAUUUUUUGUUUAUUUUGAUAUACUUACUAAAGUAUCCGAAAGGUUGUUUAAACAUAUUUCAUAAAUUUGUGUGUGCCUUGAUAUGGAAUCUGAUAAUUUAGUAUAGUUUAUCUACUUUCGGAUGUCUGUUUUAUUUGAAUGUAGACAGACAUACAGACAUACAAGCAUGGGACAGUAGACAAUUUACAGACAGUGCAUUAAUGUGUAAACUGAACGAACAUGAUUUACCCAAACGAACCUUAAGCUUGUACAUACAAAAGCGCUUGCUCUCCUUACCACUACAAUUACACCAUCCAUUUGACCUCAAGGUCAUUUGACCUCAAGGCCAUUUGACCUCAAGGUCAUUUGACCUCAUGGUCAUUUGAUCUCAAGGUCAUUUGACGCCCUCCGUGGCGCGGUGGUUAUUCUUGGUGGAUAUACAAAUUCGAUCCCCUGGCUGGGCCGAUUGAGGUUUUCUUAAUUGGUUGAGGUUUUGCUGGUGUAAGGCUUCGGCCGUGGCUAGUUACUACCCUAUUGAUAAAGAUCACUACAUUGUUGUAAUGGUAAUGAUGACCUUGGGUUCAAAUAGACUUUCCACAAAGACGCUGUACAUUUAUUACGUAUUUGCUCUCUUGUUCGCACAGACACGAUCAUACUCUGUGUGUGUGAGACAGCUAUAUUUUAUUACCCCAGUCAUACAAGGAUUUAACCUCUGAAUAAGAGAUAAUAAGCUAUAAACUCGUAUAUGUCACCGUAAAAUUGUAAAUACCGUUAGAUUAUAAUUUUUAAUCUAUCUCGCGACGUUUUGAACUGUCGAAAGAUUGUAAACCGCAACAUACUGCUUACAAUUUAAAGUGUUAUUCGGUAGAUUGUAAGGAAGAACUUACAAAUUAAAAAAAAAAACCUAAGCUAAACUAAACUAACUUAUCCAUUAAUUUCUGAGCCACUCAAUUCCGAUUUUUAUGAUUCACAAUACUUCGACAGUUCACAAUCUCGCGAGAUAGUUUAGAACCCAAAAAAUGUCGCGUCUGCGUCUGCAAUCUUAAGGUAUUCAAAGUCAAAGAUCACAAAAAUCAAUUUAUCAACAUUAUUUCUAUUUUAUAGCUCCAAUGAUGUUAACUUUUAAUAUAAAAAAUUGUAGAACACAAAAUUUUCGAUAAAUUGUGUCUAAUAUAAUAUAUUUUUUCUCACAAUCGUUUUGUGGUGAACCAACCAAAUGGAGGUUUAUACAAGCUUAGUAUCUCUCAUUCCGAUUUUGACCUCUUUAUUUUCGUAAUUUGUCUGGCCUUCUUGACUUUCCGCAUCUGUGAUAAUCAUCGCAUGUGUCGGCCUAGCUCAUUCUUGUAGUGACGUUCGAUCCGUCCACACCUUUUGUUGGAUAAUCCUUCAUGAAUUAUUUUAGGAUAGGCGGGAAGAAGGAGUGGGAAAAGGAGAGAAGAGAAAGAGAGUGAACUAAAAAUAAAUUUAAAAAUUUUAAAAUACGUCUUUAACCCUACAUCCAUCGGCCACAAGUCCGGUACUUCGCUCAAGGUUCUCUGCCACUCGAGGGUUUAUCGGUUACUUUCUUGUUUUGAAUUGUGAGACCUAAUAGGCUUUCGCUCAAUAAUUGUGUUUUGCUCUUUAAGCAUGCCUACUAGUAAAAUGUUUGUAUGAGUGUUUAUUUUUUUCAAAACAGCCAACAAGCUCACUUUUAUUUAUGAUUAUUGUAAUCGUUUAUGAAGAGCAAAACUUAAUUUUAGGUGAUACGAUGUUCAGUCAUUUAGUAAAAUUAUAAUAAAUUACGUAAUAAAUGUACAUUGUGUUACAUGUCAUAUCAGAUAGAAGAUUUCAAUUAUUGUAAAAAUAAUAUAUUUUAAAUAUAUAUCAAAUUAAAUUCUCCUAAAUAUUGUAUGAUUUAUAAAUGCUGUGUGAUUAUUAUAUUUAUGUCGUGUACAUCGCUCGUUUAUGGUGAUAAUUUGUAUUGUGCAGAAUUGUAGAAGUGAUCUUCAAAUGUUUAUAUUAGAUUAAAACUCCACUCCCAUUGACGCAGAGUUGCUCUAUGUUUUAUAUGUUAGUAUAUUGAAGUCUAUCUUGAUUUAUUAUAGUAACCCAACAAAUUUAUACCUUAAUAUAUCAAGAUAGGGUUUAAAAUGCUAUCACAUUUUAAAACUUCUAACGACACGUCGUUUCGACUCUGUGUUAGUGUGACUGAAACCUAAAGGUGCCUUUCUAUGGAAAGAGAUGAACUGGAAGCGGGACGUCCAAUCAGAUUAUUGGGAAAUGACGUGAUCGUAAUCGUUUUCUAUUGGUCGGUCCUUGCGUGCCUACACUCGUCUGUCAAAACGCACCUUAAGACCACGGCUUUCGACUGUCAACUUUGGACUAAUAAUAUUUUUUAAAAUAUCGACUAUCAUUAUAAUAGUUCAGUGUGUAAUAAAAUGUAAAUAUUGAUUCCGUGCGAAUUGAGUCAUGUUAGUAAUAUAACGGUAUGCCAUUUGUAAAUUAUAUACAUUAAUAUUCCUGUAGGGUAAUGUAUGCACUCGGUUAGUACCGCCUUUCUGUAACAAUACUUCCUUCUUUGAAAAAAAAAAUAAUAAUAAUUUAAUUGUAAAUAUAGUCGACAAGAGGUAGUUAGAUUCAUUCGCGGAUAUGGGUUAUGAAAUCUUAAUUAAAUUGAGAUAUUCCGAGUUUAAGCCACUUACCUGGCAAUAUGAAAGUGCAAAAAUAUAGUAUAUUAAGUGUAUUAUAGAUAUGUAUUCUUUUAUGUGAAUAUUGUGUCUGCACUUUUUGUAUUAUAGACUUUUGAAGAGGAUUACAAAUUUAUCGUGUAUCGUUCCGAUGAGGCACAAUUCUUUUAUUGUAAAUAAAUUAUUAGAUAGUUAUAAUAAUAAUAAUAUAUUGGUCUCUGUUGACUAAACAUAAUGAUAUGGUGGCGAAGUUAUUUGUAUGCGAUUUUGAGAUUUUAAAGAUCGUUGCUUGUUCGAAGGGACUCGAUCAAAUUCGUGCAUAAUGUACAAACACUAUGUUAGUUCGCAAUAAUUGAGAGAUAAUUUAUGCUUACAUUACAUUAAUAAAUAGGACAAUUAUCAUGUUGGACUUUUAAUCGAUAGCUGAUAGCUUAAGCGUUCGUAUAAUUCUUUAUUUCCCGUAAAUAGCAGACCUAAUGAAUAGCUGCGCGAGCAUGGUGAGCAUUCUUCCCACUGAUGAUAGUAACAACAGUAUGCCAGAUAGUCACAAUUGGAACACUGAACUCGUCCAUUUUUAAGUCUAUUGGAAAUAAAUAAAAGAAAAGAUUUUUAUCUGUGGAAAAAAUGCUAAAUCGAGCUCACGCGCUUCUAUUUAUUUUUAAUUCUUUCUAUGAUUUCUAAACGGAAGUUCACGUAAGUACAACUAGUGGGGACAAAACUAAAACAAAUUCGCGAUUACAUUUGACAGAAAAACAUAUUUUUGCGUCAAAAGAUUUACGAUUCAAGUUAUACCGCACGCCCGACGCACCUAUACGCAAUGUCUAUUACUGGCGACUUAGGUGCAAUAUAAUUAAAGCGUUUGUCAGACAGCAUGGUGCGGAUGACAAGUUCGUUUCUCUAUUGAAAGUUGGCCGCGCAACUGUCACCGUACCCAUGUUAUCUGAAAAACACUCGUUGCUUCGUCGUGACAAUAAUUCAAAGAAAUCAUAGUGCGCAGUCUAGGGAGUGGUUUAAAAUCCGUAAUGCAAAUCAAAUUCGGAAAAUUGCUUUUGGUGCGGUAUAACGCAAAGUUUUUUUGAUGUAUGGUCUAUAACACAUAAUUUUGUUGUAACAUCACUUUUUUCCAAGGUUGCGUAAUAGCUAUGUUUGUCGUCUCCACGUAGGAGACUUCGUGUUAAGUGGUUAAGUCACUUAUACUGUAUUGAUCUGUGCCUUGAAUGUGCGAUUUUUAGUAAUGAAGAAAUUUAUUGAAACCAUGGUGGUUUAAGUGGAACUUCGGUAACCGAUUUGUUUAAUAUAUUCCGUAAAAUCAGUUGCUUUUUCGGGUGUAGCAUCUUAAAAAUCAAUUUUAUAGCACCAUCAUGAAUUAAUUGAUAGUUCAUUCUAAAAAAUCGGCUCAGAAUUUAGACGGUGAGGAAAAACAUAGGUACAAAUAGAACUAAUUUUUCAAACCGGUUCAGGCGUUUUCGAGUAAUCGGUGAACAUACAUAAAAAAAGAAGAAAAAAAGAUUCCGACGAUUUGAUAACCUCCUUUUAUUAAAGUCGGUUAUAAAAAACGUCUAACAUCGAUUUCACUUUAAACGCGUAGAGGAUAAAAUGUACACAUAUUCAUUUUUUUUGUAUGUUUGUAUCAUUUAGUUCAACAUAUUUAGAUUAAAAAACAGGUAAAGAUUGUUUAAAAGACCCCCCAGGGAUACGUUAUUGGGUAAAUUGAAGUUGUCUAUACCAAGUGCAUUUGUCAAAAAGGCGCAAAUAGGUAGGUACUAAUAUCGUGAACUGAAGUUUAUGAUAUCGAAAUAUAUAGCCUUUAAUGGUUUUUAAAACGUAGUAAAUUGACUAGAAUAGGUAUUACGAUAAACACCAAAGAGAAGUAUGCAAACAGUGCAAACAGUAUUGAGCAGUGCAGUUUCAAAACAAAGCGUGAGAUUUUCACACCAAAACAAAACCGUUAUUAAAUUAUGGAUAAUGGGUUCGGUCUCCAGCUAACGAUAAUUGAAGGGCAUAUAAUAAACAUAAUUUUAUAAUUAAUAAUACGCUUGUUUAAGGGCUCUCCACUUUAAAAGGGAGUAUCAUAAUAAUUAUUGUUUUUGUUGAAAUUAUGUUUAUUAUUACAUGCCCUUAAAAUAUCACUAGCUCCAAACCGUAGAUAAUAACUAAGAUAUCUAUCAAACUAGCAAUAUUUGAUUUGAGACAAUCCAAAUCCAAAGUGUAGAAGGGGAAGGGGGAGGGAGAAAGCGAUGCCCCGCGCGCUAGACUUCAUACCAGCGCAGUCCUUCCCUCUGCCUCGCGCGCACGAUUUCACACCCUUGCAGUCUUUCCCCCCUCAUAUCAUGGGAGUGUCAUCAACGAAUUUCCCAAGCUAUAAAUACAUUCGAUGCAGUCAAGUAAUAUCUACAAUGAUGCAUACUGCAAACGUACGUAUCCUUCCAGUCCUUUGCUGGGUUUUAAAACGGUGCAGCAAAUAAAAGAAUGGUCUUCCUACCCGAGACGUUUAUUGUAUACAUAAGAACAAAUUGUUGGUCACGUAAAAUAAAUUUCAACUAUGAUUGUAGUAUAAAAUUGUUUGUUUUUAUGACGCUAGAUUUGAAAGGUAGAUAAUGAAUUUUUUAAUAUUAUAUUAUCCAAUGAAGUCUUUUAAAUCGAAAGUGAAGCUUCAUUGAUACAAUUGCUGUUUUAAUAGGUUUUCUCUUUCAAGUUGUGCUUGUCAUUAUAUAUUUUUUUAAACUUAAUGUGCCUAUGAGAUUCCGUGAUCACCAUACUAAAUGCAAUGGUUAAAUUUUUGUCUGUGUGUAAUAUAUAAAUAGCUUCAAUUGCUCUACUGUUGUAAAGGGUCGCGCUAAAAUGUAAAGAGUUUUGUUUAAAACAAUACAUACUUUUUGUUAUAGAAAUCAAUUAACCAUGGUAUUGUACGACGGUUAAAUUAAAGUCAGACUAUUUACAAUGUUUCCGACUCAUCAGUCCAUGCAAAGAUUUGCGUAUUAUAGACGGUAAACCUGCUACAUACAGACAAAUUUCCGCUUUUUCACAAGAUACUUAUGGUGAAAAUGGGGUCUUUGACUAAUAUGUCUAUAAUAAUUUAAUUAAACAUACAGCUAAUCGGCCACAAACUAUUAAUUUCUAGGCAAUCUACUUAAUUUGUGAUUCUUUUGUGUUUAAUUAAUAUGUAAUUAUAAUUAAUUAUAACGGGUACAUACAAUGAUGACUGUAUUUUGUAAUUAUCGGUUUUGUUAUUACUUUGCAAAAUAAAAAAUAUACUUCACCCAUGUCCAUUUUUUAAAUUUUACUUUUAAUAAAAUUAUUUGUUUUUUUUUUCGAACAUAUGUAGUGGUAAAUUGAUUUAUUUGCCUAUAAUGUAUGCCUAUUGUAUAAAAUAAAGAAUUGUCGUGGUAUGUACCUACUCUCUAAAUAAUUAAUUAUAAUUAUGUAUUUAAUUACGAAAAUGUAAGUUAAAAAUUAUUAUUCGUGUUACACCGCAAAAGGUCCUGUGUUUUAAGAAUUUAUAAUGAUAUUGAAUUGAGUUUAUAAAUUUAUUUAUUGCUUUUGUAUUUGUUCUGAGAUUCAAAUAUAUUUUCUAUUCAUUUUCCUUUUUGACAUGAUUUUAUGGAUUUAUUUUAAAUAUCGACAACCGAAAUGACAAAAGGCAUUGGCAGGAUGUUGGAAGUCUAAGUUCUUCAUUCUAGUUUGUCUGAGUCUAAAACUAAAGUAAUACCUAGGUAAUAAAUAAAAUGUCUUUAUAAAACAGGAGCUUUUACGGGUUUUCAAAAUAAUUUUAAUAGACGUGUCUUAUUAGAAAUUAUUCGGCAGUAGAUGAAACGAUUUUUUGUGACAGCUUUACUUAAUUUUUAAGAUUUUUUUGACCGUAGUUAAUUACCGUAGCAGUUAGCAGUGACUUGUACCAAUUUAUUUUUUGUAUAAAUUUAGAUUUUACUGAAGAUUAUGUUUAUAGACUGGGUUGUUUUGUGUUUUUGUACAGUUAUAUAUUGAAUAUUAUUGUCUAAAUUAUAUUUACGUAAUUUAUUGUAGGUGUACGAUCUAAGGUUAGCUUCAUGCAUUUCGUUAUAAUAUUUCACUUUAAAUUACUUGUGUUUUAAUAUCUUUAUUAUAAUUAUGUUGUUUUAGAUAAGCAGGAGAGUUGGAUAUCUGGAGAAAUUAUUUGUAAAUCUAAUGUGUAAUUAUGUUAUAAAGUAUUACAAGUAAUUAUAUUAAAAGAAGGACGAUUUAAAUAUUGUAUCUCUUAACUGUCCUUUUACCCCGUGACUGAAUUAAUAAUAAAAAUAUUUUAUCUAUAUUAACAUCUAUAUUUUGUGAAAAAUAUUAAAUAGCAUAAUAAUGUGGCAAUAACUUAUGUAUCUUUCAUACACAACAAUUCUAAAAUGAUAGAUUUAAUAAAUAUUUAAAAAGCGUAAACCUUAAA